UAUUAAUACGUUUGCUGUGCUGUAUGCAUUGGCGAACGAAAAUGUAUGUGUAUAAUUAGUGAUUUCUUCGUAAAUAAACACAAUGUCGCGUUUUUUACUAUUAAAUUUUAAAGAUUUUGGUCUCAACCAAGAUAUAACACAGACGAUUCAGUCAGAAACGCUUGCCUGUAUAUGUUGUUUGGAUUCGAAUGUACCUCUUAUCAAUUUGUCGACUUGUAAACAUGAAAUAUAUUUGCAAAAUUUCUACAAAACUGUGGCUGAACCUAGUAAGAAAGUAGUGUGUUUGGAGUGCCACAAUGUCCUGAAGAUGAUAGAAACUUUCCGGCAGCAGGUCGUGAACAGCUUCCAGAGAUUGACCGAGGAAGUAACUUCAACAGCACCUCAAAACUAUAAAAAACUUAAUAAAAACAAGUACAAUUUAACAGAAAAGAAAACGGUGAACAUUUACCUGCCGCCAGCAAAGUACACGGCAGAGAAAUGGCAACCCCAACCACAGAUAAACAAAAUUGUGAAGAAAGAGGUCGAGUCUGUGGAGCCUGCGUUGCCAGUGGUGAAAAUUAAGGCUGAGCCGGUUGAGAGUGAGAGAGAGAAGGUUGAGAUAGAGAUACUUCCUGUGGAAAAGCAAGAGGGAACUAAAGCAUCACCAGACAAGAACCCAGCGGUCCGAACCGUGACCCUGACCAAGGAGGAGCUGGUGCUGGAGCGCUUGAAACUGGCGCAGUCCCCCGCCUACCUGAAGCUCCCGUACCGCUGCGAAAGCUGCGUGGUCGGCUUCAACUACGAGGAGAAUAUACAGGACCAUAUGAAGAGGAAACAUGGCCCCAAGGCGGGCAGCGUGACGUGCGACGUGUGCCUGGCCGUGCUGCACCCGCCCGGCAGCCUCGCGGCACACAUGUUCCGACACCUCACCAGGUACGCGUGCGUGAAGUGCGACGCGCGCUACCCGACCUACGACGACACGCUGCACCAUUACAAGAAACAACAUGGCGACCGCUGUCUCCGCUGCUCCGAGUGCCACUACACCACCGACGUGCUGCACAACAAGCGGCUGUACCGCUGCGUGCACUGCGCGCUGACGUUCACGGACGCCACUAAGUUCGCGGCGCACAUGCGCGCGCACGGCGCGGCGGCGGCGCGCGCGGCGUGCGCGGCGUGCGGGCUGCAGUUCAAGGCGUGGCACGCCUACAACGCGCACCAUCUCUACAGCACCGCGCACCGGAACGCCACCAAGAUAACGUGCAACCACUGCGGCAUGAAGUUCGCGACGGCGACGCACCUGCGCAUGCACGUGCAGUUCAGCGACCACCCCAAGCAGACCUUCCGCUGCCCAGACUGCCCCAAGGAGUUUGCUGUAGAAGCGGAGAUGAAACAGCACCGCAACAUACACAAGAAACAGCGGCUCCGCUCCACCGACAGGAUCUGCGACUACUGCGGCCGCGUCUACACUAGUCGAGAGCACCUCAUCCGCCACAUCCAGACGCACCUGCUGAAGCGGCAGAAGGCCAAAGAGCGAGCCAAGUCGACCAAGCCCCACAAGGCGAAAUAAACUAUAUACACUAA